CAAAAUGCCAGAAACCAAACAGCAGCUCAAAGAAGUCCUUCCAAAGCAGGGACUCCUCUACCAAGAAGACAUGCCUACAGUGGUUUUGUGUAAGCCUAAAAUUCUUCCCUUGAAGUCAGUGACACUAGAAAAAUUAGAACGCAUGCAGCGUGAAGCGCAGGACACAGUAAAACAACAAGAAGCUCAACAGCAGCAAGGAGACAAACAGGACUUCUUCAGUGAUUACUCAUAGUUCAGGAAACACCAUAGAGACUUUCUUAUUGGGGAUAAACUAGACUUCUUCAGUGAUUACUCAUAGUUCUCGUGAUGUUCUGAAGAAAGACUUAUUUAGUGACAUUUUAUGGUUCAGAAGAUCCACAGUGAUUUUUUGCUGAGAAAUCUUUCAUUUUGUGUUUAACAUGUACAACAUGUAUAUACAAUGUAUAUGAACAUGCAGUUUAAUUCAAUGAGCCUGUUAAUUUGUACAUUUGAAUUCUGUAUUUAUUAGGAAAAAUAGAAAUGGUUGUAUUAUUUGAUUUCAAGAAUUCUGAAUGUGCAUAUGCAUGCAUUUUUUUCUUUGUGAACAACAUACAAUAUUUUGAGUAAAAUCCACCAUUGUUUUAUUGAUAUGACUUUGUGUAGUUUCAUUUUGUAUGAUGUUUUAUGAUUCUAUCUGUCUAUGAAUAAUACAUCCAAUGUCAUCUUUGAUGUGUUAUGCUUUCUUUGUACCAGUACAAAAUUAUUAAAUUAA